GGUGCGUUCUUCUGCCCGCCUCUUCGCGCUUGGAUUUAGCCCGAGCUCUUACCUGUGGGCCGACUAGUUUUUCUGGGGGAGUUUCCUUGGGAAGGAACAUGACUUAUACCAAACUCGCUUUUCCGGGAUAACUAAUUCUCUACAGCUCACGAAUCGCACGAAUUCGAAAGCUCUAUGCGCGCAGCUCCCUCGUGUCACUUUACGUGGCUCCUCGCGCAGUGGAGAGGCACUGGGCUGUAGGAUGUGGCUGUGGAGUGGACCAACGAGACCUGCUUUACCUGGACGAUUGCGGAUGGUUUUACGCGCGUGAGAGAACACUGAAAACAAGUGCGAAUCCAAAGUGUUGACACUGAAUCCUUCACUCAAGACGGCCAGCGAAGAUGGCUCCUAUGUGUUUAAUGUGUACUUCAUUAGAUUGGCGUCCAGUGUGAUCAACAUCAUUAGCGAUGUAGUCAGCCUCUUCAUCUGCGUGCUCAUCAUCUGCAGCAAAUACUCGCAUCUGCUCAAGCGCGAGACCAUGAAGAUGAUCCUGCUGCGUAAAUUCCGCGUGCUCAUUCUGAUGGUGUUCUUGGUCGCCUGCUCCAUGCACAUCAUGAUCGACCUGCUGCCCAAGCUGGAGCGCAGCGGCAACAGCGGCUGUUCCUGCUCGCACACGCCGAGCGAGGAGCCUCAAAACUGGGCCAAGCAGAGCUGGCCUAACAAGCACACGCUGCGGAUCCUCCAGGACUUUAGUAACGAGCCCAACUCCAACGUGUCCUCGCAUUCACUGGAUAGGCUUCAGGGCGCAGGGGACAAGAAGCAAUCCCUCCGGAGGAUGGAGAUGCACGUAGCGGACAGGAAGCGCCCCCUCAUCCAGGACGCGGCUGUCACCAAGAACGUGCCGCCCAAAGGUUCAAGGUUGUCCGCGCUGUUCGAUCACCCGUUAUACAAAAGAGCCCUACCAACGCUAACAGACGAGGACACGCUGUUUAACGUCAACACGGACAUCCGAUUUAACCCCAAAGUGGCGGACGAGACAGAAUGGAACGAGCAAAUUGGAGUGAAAGAGUUAAGCCCGACUGGAGAGCUCACGCCUGAUUCCUACCCCAACUGGCUGCGCUUCCAUAUUGGGAUUAACAGAUACGAGCUGUACGCCAGACACAACCCUGUCAUAGAUGCUCUCCUCAAGGACCUGGUCACCCAAAGGAUCACAAGUGUGGGUAUGAAAUCUGGAGGCACACAACUGAAACUCAUCAUGACUUUCCAGAACUACGGACAGGCCUUGCUCAAACCUAUGAGGCAAACCCGGGAGCAGCAAACUCCUCCAGACUUCUUCUACUUCUCUGACUUUGAGAGGCACAACGCUGAGAUCGCUGCUUUUCAUCUGGACAGGGUGCUGGACUUUCGCCGGGUUCCUCCUGUAGCGGGUCGAUUGGUCAACAUGACAAAGGAGAUCCGAGAUAUGACACGGGACAAAAAACUGUGGAAGACCUUCUUCAUAUCUCCAGCCAAUAAUGUGUGUUUCUACGGCGAGUGCUCCUACUACUGCUCCACUGAGCACGCUCUGUGCGGCAAACCUGACCAGAUCGAGGGCUCUAUGGCUGCUUUUCUCCCAGAUCUCGCCCUGGCCAAACGCAAGACCUGGAGGAACCCCUGGAGACGCUCCUACCACAAACGCAAGAAGGCAGAAUGGGAGGUGGACCCUGACUACUGUGAAGAGGUCAAACAGACUCCUCCUUAUGACACUGGGACAAGACUGCUGGAUGUUAUGGACAUGACCAUCUUUGACUUUCUAAUGGGAAACAUGGAUCGUCACCACUACGAGACCUUUGAGAAGUUUGGGAACGAGACCUUCAUCAUUCACCUGGACAAUGGCAGAGGGUUUGGGAAGCAUUCUCAUGAUGAACUCUCUAUUCUGGUGCCACUGAGCCAGUGCUGCAGAGUCAGGAAGUCCACACACCUCCGGCUGCAGCUGCUGGCUAAAGAGGAAUAUAAGCUGUCUGUGCUGAUGGCAGAGUCCCUGCUCCGGGACCGCCUCAGCCCCAUCCUCAUCCAGCCACACCUGGACGCCUUGGACCGCAGACUGCGCCAGGUGCUGAGGGUAUUGGCUGAAUGCAUCGAGAAGGAGGGCUAUAGUUACGUGGUGGAGGAUGACCUCCAGGGGGAGCCAGGCACAGAGCCGGGCCACAAUGGCCCUCGCCGGAGGUAGCUGAGUGUGGUGUGACAGCUCAGACUGAGCUGGAGCUCGGGGGAAUGAAGCUUUGAACUGGACUCUGGUCUGAGCCCAUCUGUGCUGCUCUCACUGGGACCACUGCGGACCACCUGCCUGUGGUCUGGACCUGCCGCCUGCUGGAUAGGACCCAAAACAGUGCAAUGACUCUAUGUGCACUACUGCUUACAAUGCAAGGGACUUUGCAUUUAAAAGGAUGUGGGAUAUGUUUUUUAACUAAAGUAUGGACUGCUCAAGCCCCCUGUUAUGACGACUCUAAUGUAGGAUAGUGUAAGUCCAGCUGGCACCAAUGGGCUCCUCGCAGCACUACCACACCCUCUGCUGGUCCACUGGUGCAGGACAAUGUUUGAAUUCAGUGAAUUCUGGGGGACUUUAAAGGGCCGCUUCCUCUCUGCAGCUGAACUCUGUGUUUCUUAGUAUUGUUGGUAUUCCCAGGGGUUUGGGUUGAACUCUCACAGUGGAGGAGGAAGAGGUUCCUGUUGUCUUAAUAAUCAAGAGAAUUAUUUGCUGCAAAAGUGUCUUUUCUUUUUAAUUGAGCUGUUGUGGCUCUUGACAUUGGUACUGGAGAUAAUAUUAUUUGAUUGGAGUGCAGGCUUACUCCUGGAGUUGUCUGAUAAUUUGCCCAUAAAUGUUCUAUGUCCUUGAAAGAGUAUUUAUUAAAAUUCAUAUUUAUUUAAAAUUAAUUAAGCAGUAACACAAUUUUCAGUUUAAAGGGAUCAUCAAUGCAACAUGAGAGGUGUACUUCCUCAUUUGUCCAGAAGAGGGCAAAGGGGGCAUGUACUAAAGCCACUGCUGGAUCUGUGCCUCUUGCUCCAGUUUAACAGUACUCACCACUCUAACAGUACUACGCCUGCUUCUGAACAAUGUCAGACAUGAGCAAGCCCACGCCUUUGUUUACACCUCCUGUUACUAACUACUGUCUGCUUUAUUGGAUUAGGUUGAUGGUACCAAAAGCCAAUGUGAGACAAAGAGUUUUGAUAUGAUUUCUUUGUAAUAUAUUUGAUGUUACUGUUGUGGAGAGAUUCUUUUCCAGGAUGUAUAUUUCAUUCAUACCAGCUGAUUGCUUAACUGUGACUGUGGGCAGUUGGCUCUUUGGCUGAGAGUUAAUAUAUAAUGUAGGAAAAUCUAGUGCCUGUGCAAUGAUAGAAAUACUUGAAUGUGUGGAUCCAUUCGUCCCAGGUAUGAGGUGUCGGGGCAGGCGGAGGGAUACGUGUGUUCACAUGGGGGUCCUGCGGUUGCCAUCGUCUCGUGUCAGUUUAGAGUGUGAGCGAGUGUGGCUGGGUUUAGUAGAUGAAGUGUUGUCCAAGUGAAAAUGCUACUUUUCUAUUCAACUCAUGGUUUCUGUGGUUUUAUUUUAAAUUUUCUUUGCAUCAUGGUUUUAAGUGCAAUAAACAA